AUGCAUGUACAGUCGUUCACACAAAAAUGCAUGUGUACACACACAUAAUGCUUCUGUCAAACCAAAAACAAGGAUGGGUUCUUAAAGACCGUACAGGUUUAUUGUGGCUUUCAUGGUUCACAGCCCUAUUCACAUCUGAUGCAUGAAGCACUAUUCUUAUUUGGUAGCUGCUAGAUCUUUUGCUGUUUAUACAUGCUUUCCUACAUUAACAUGUACUCAGAGCAGCACAUAUGCUAUUUAUCUAUUUGUAUUUCUAUCCCACACUCCUUCCAAGAAAUUGAGGGAAGCGCACACAGUUUAUUUCCCCACCAUUCCAUUUUAUCCUCUCAACAACUUUAUGAAAUGUGUCCUUAAAGAACUGGAAUCCUUAGGGAAGGAAUUGUAUGGUGCAAAGCUAAUUGCUCAGAGAUUUCAGGCUCGCCACUGUUCUCAUUUCAAAGACCCAGUGAGUGGUUCAGCCUGCCUGCUGUCCAUGAUCGAAGGUGGCAAUCCACACCAUUACUUCAUUGCGACACAGGAUGAGGCUUUAGCAACAAAAGUUAAAAAAAAGGCAGGAGUUCCUCUUCUCUUUAUAAUUCAGAACACGAUGGUGCUGGACAAACCUUCUGCCAAAUCUCUGGCAUCAGUACAAGCAAUGCAGAAAAAUCAACUUAUUCCAGAGCACCAGAAACUGAGCAUAGUGCAACUCAAAGAAGAACAAGGCCUAGUGAAGGCCUCGGAAGCUAAAAAAAGGAAACGAAAAAGAACUGGUGGUCCCAAUCCUCUCAGUUGUCUGAAGAAAAAGAAGAAAACACAGGAGACCCCUCAACCUUCAGCAGCUAAGAAGAAGCGGAAUAGGAAACACAAAAAACAGAAAUUGGAAGCUAUAGCUGGAACUAUGCAAUCAGGACCACAGAAUGUGGAAACAUGAAAAUCAUGUAAGGAAAUCGGGGCGGGGGUGUGUGUGUCAAGAUUUGGAUGAAAACAAUGUCUGUCUAAGCUAGUAUAAAACUAAUUUUUUUAAAAAAAUACAUGCCUGGUUUUGUGUACGUGUGUGUGUACCAUUUAUACAGAAGGUCAUGCAAGCAGCUCUUCCCCACCCCACCAUUUUAGAUCUCAUUCUGGAGACAUUUACUAAACUGUGUACAGUCAUCUCUCACCAAUCAAGGUUUUAAGUAUCCACGACUGGGUAAUUGUGGCAGAUCUCACCCAACCAUGUCCUGAGUAUCUGCGGUUUGGUAAGAUUGCGGGCAAUUUGGGGUGGGGUU